GCUGGUAUUGUGUUGGUAAGAAAAACAGAAACGUAAAAAUGUUAUGUUAAUGUUGUUAACAAAAAGAAAGAAAAGGUCUUUCUUCUCAAAAAUUACAGCUGUGCAGACCAACUUCCUGGGUUCUGCACCUGCCUUCUUCCUUACUUGGAAAUUCCGAACAACAAAAACUCUGAAACAGAGAAGAAACUCAUCGAGAUCCGUGUGUCUAAAACCCAAAACCCCCCAUUUUCAGGGGAGGUUACUUUUAUGCCGUUAACUUUACGGAAGAUUUUGGGUUUGAGAAGUUAGGACACAAAUUGAACCUGUUUCUCUCUAAACUAAUACCAACUCAGAUUCAGUGUAUUCUUCAAGUUUUGCCGUUGAUAAUUGCUUUCUUUUUAAACCCCAUUUUUUCACCUUUUUUUCUCUCUUUUUCUUUCUCUUUCUUAAACUCAAAUAUGUUGUUGUUGCUGCAAAUGCUGCUUCUUUCCAGAUAAUUUUGUUGAUGGGUGCUCUAAUUUGACCCAUUUAUCUUUCUAAGGCAUUACCAGAGAAUCGCUGCAACAGACCAACCAUUAUCCUAUUGAACCUACACCAGCAGGAUAUCUAUGAGGCUCUUCUUUCUUUUGACAUUGGUGUCGCUUUUCUUGCUCAUUUUUCCACCUCCAAAUCAUGCUGAUCUGGAAAAUGACAAGCAAGCUUUGCUUCAGUUUGCUGCUUCAAUCCCUCAUGGCCGGAAAGUGAACUGGACUUCUUCUGCCCCAGUAUGCACUGCUUGGGUGGGCAUUACCUGCAGCUCGGAUAACAAUAGUGUAGUUGCUGUCAGGCUACCUGGGGUUGGACUUAAAGGUCUUAUCCCUAAUAACACCCUUGGGAAGUUGGAUCACCUUACGACCCUCAGCCUCCGGUCAAACCUCCUCUCGGGGAGUCUUCCAUCUGAUCUGCUGUCCCUUCCUUCUCUCCAGUAUGUAUACCUACAGCAAAAUAACUUAUCUGGAAAAAUACCAUCUUCAUUAUCCCCGCAACUCAACACAUUAGAUCUCGCUUCUAACUCCCUGGAGGGCGAAAUUCCAUCAUCUGUUCAAAAUCUGACUAAUUUAAAUAAAUUGUUCCUUCAAGAUAAUGCUCUUACUGGAUCCAUCCCCAAAUUAAAUAAUCAAAGUCUUAAGUAUCUGAAUUUGAGCAACAAUCACCUUAAUGGCUCAAUCCCAUUGGCUCUUAGUGGCUUUCCCAAUUCGUCAUUUCAGGGAAACACAGGCUUGUGUGGACCUCCACUUAAACAGUGCUCUGGAGUUUCUCCUGCUUCUGCUCCCGCUGUGUCUCCUUCAGAUAACAUGGGUCCUACACCUGCUGCUCAUGAAAAAAAACACUCGAAAAAGGGACUAAGCAAAGUGGCUAUCAUUGCCAUUGCGGUAGGAGGAGGUGUGGCACUUUUUCUUCUUCUGCUAAUGGCUGUCUUUUGCUGUUUAAGGAAAAAGGAUAGUGAAGGACAUGGUGUUCUUAAAGGCAAGGCUUUUGGUGCUGGAAGGACUGAAAAGCCCAAGGAAGAUUUUGGGAGUGGGGUCCAGGAGUCUGAGAAGAACAAAUUGGUUUUCUUUGAAGGUUGUUCCUUCAAUUUUGAUCUUGAAGAUCUACUAAGGGCCUCUGCUGAAGUGCUGGGAAAGGGAAGCUAUGGUACAACUUACAAGGCCAUCUUGGAGGACGGAACGACAGUAGUUGUCAAGAGAUUGAAGGAGGUUGUGGUUGGCAAAAGAGAGUUUGAGCAGCAGAUGGAAACAGUUGGAAGGGUUGGUCAGCACCCUAAUGUUAUUCCCCUACGGGCUUAUUACUACUCUAAGGAUGAAAAACUUCUUGUUUACGACUAUGUAUCAGCUGGUAGCCUGUUGGCACGUUUGCAUGGUAGCAAGGAUGGUGAAAAACCACCACUGGACUGGGAAUCCAGGAUAAAAAUUUUACUGGGAGCUGCUAAAGGAAUAGCCCACAUCCAUUCAGCUGGUGGUGGCAAGUUCACACACGGGAAUAUUAAGUCCUCCAAUGUUUUUCUUUCCGAGGACCAUAAUGGUUGCAUAUCAGAUUUUGGUCUGGCUCCCCUCAUGAGCUUCCCUGCUGUCCCUCCGAGAACUGCCGGCUACAGAGCACCAGAAACAAUAGAGACAAGGAAAACCUCCCAAAAAACUGAUGUUUAUAGCUUUGGUGUUCUCCUUCUUGAGUUGCUUACGGGGAAGACGCCAGUGCAAUCACCUGGACGUGAUGAUGUAGUUGAUCUCCCAAGGUGGGUGCAGUCAGUUGUUCGGGAGGAAUGGACCGCGGAAGUUUUCGACGCAGAGCUAAUGAGAAAUCAGAAUAUUGAAGAAGAGUUGGUUCAAAUGCUUCAAAUUGCCAUGGCUUGUGUUUCCAAGGUGCCAGAUUUAAGACCUGACAUGGGAGAAGUGGUGAAGAUGGUCGAGGAGACCAGGCAGUCGGAUUCUUCAAGCAGACCAUCACCAGAGGCUGAGGGAUCAAAGUCUAAGGCUUCAGAUACCAUUACACCGUAAAAGCAACAAACAGCAUUCAAUUGUUCUUUUGAUUUCAUCUUUUAGUGAAAAAGGAGGCUACUAACAAAGGACUGUACAUAGCUCAAAAUCUUGGUACUUGCUGCUAAUGAGGUCCCAGCCAUUCAGUGAUUCUUUUAGGGUUAUAAAUUAGAAACUCAAAUUGUGUCAUUCUUUUCUGUUCUUUUUUCUCAGGUUUUUAUUUGUUGAUCAGUAUAGGAGGGGUGUUGUAGCUAAAUUUGAUUCAAACAUUUGUCUUUUUUAUUGGUGUUACUGACAUCUUGUAUAAGUGUAUCUGUUCUCAAAUUAGUAUUACAAUCAAUUAGAUUCUGACAAAAUAAGUUUGACAUACACUAAUUGGAGUGACAAAAAAAAGGGGG